AUGCCUAACGCCACCCAAGACGACGCUGACCAGAACACGGAUCAGAACAGCAACUUGAGCCCUAACAUCGAAGCCACCAUUAGUAAGAUUCCUCCAGCUACGGACAAUGACCCAAUCAUAAUGGACGGCCAGGAUCCUCCGGACGGCGAGAUUCUGAGCUCGGAUGCUGCUCUUGACGACGGCGGUGAAUGGUAUCCAGCCCGUGCUCCCCGAAAACGCCGGUACAAGGAAACAUCCAGUCAAGACUCGGAAAAGGACGCCCCUCGGACCGAAAGCCUCACCGUGAUAUUUGUGCCAACAAAAGAAGGUGACCGUAUCAGCAGUCUGAGCAGCCUAAAGCUGUCAGACGGUUUAGAACUUCUGUGCCCCGAGUGCAUUGUCCAAAUUGGGCCAAAUGAGCGUCUGAACUUAAUUGCCGUGGAUGUGAGAAAUGGAUUCACCACAAGAGCACUGCUCAAAUGCACACGGCUCUGCGGACUUCCAGUGAAGGCGUACGAGGGCCUUGCAGGUCCCACAGUCGAAGGUGUGAUCAAGAACGUCGACAUAGCACUUCCUGAAACAAAAAUUGCUGGACGACUGCAGUCUGAUACGGAGAUCGCUCGAGAGAACAUUUGCAAUCUCAAGCCUCCAACAACGAAUGUCACAAAUUCAAAGCCAUCUUCGCUACCGACUCCAGAUGUGGACUGGCUGUCCAUUAUCAAAACCGCUGCACAUAUGGCAUGCUCUUUUCUCACACCCCUACAAACACCAUGGGCAUGUGGUCUACAAUGGGUGGUCCAAUUCGUCAUUGACCAGUUGGACCGCUAUUUCACCAAACAACAGAAGAUCCUUUUUCGUACAAGUUCCUGCCGUCGUUCGGUGACACAAGGUGUUCCUCAGGGCAGUGUUUUAAGUCCUUUCCUCUUUAACCUUGCUAUGGCCGCCCUUCCGUUUUCUCUGAAAACAUUGCCCAAGUCUCCUGCAGCUCUGCACAUCGCGAUAUACGCUGACGAUGCAGCACUCUGGUGCGUCGGUCCCUCAAGGACUUCAAAAAGUAUAGGCUCACAGCUGCAGAGAGCACUUGACGAGGUUGUGAAGACCACAGAAGACCUCGGGCUCACUCUUUCUGUCACAAAAACCGCGUUUCUUUGCUACCGUCCCAACGGUACACCCAGCCGACCCGUAGCUAAUGCUCCGAAGAUAGGUAACAUCCCUCUUCAGCAUGUUACGACUCAACGAUACCUGGGCGUCCUGAUCGACAACCACGUGACCUGGCGCCCUGAAGCAAAGCGACUACUCAUCCAGUGUCGUCAGCUGAUGGGCGUUCUUCGCUGCUUCCGACGAAGGAACUCGGGCCUCUCUCCACAGGGACUUCUAGCUCUGUACCGUGGACUCAUCCUCUCAAGAAUACUUUACGCUGUACCACUACUUAACCUUGGCAGACACCAGAUACAGCAGUUGGAGCAAUUUCAUCGAUGCGCGCUGCGACUGUGCCUUGGGCUUCCACGAUUCUCUGAAAAUGUAGCGACGCUAGUUGAGGCAAGAGAAAACCCGAUCUCGCUUCACAAAAGAAAACGAGCAAUGCGCCAUCUAGUGCGACUCCAAGACGCCUCAUCGACGACAUCUCUUCUAUCCAAACUCCGCUCACGGCCGCUAUCCUGCCUUGGAGCUGUCACAAUAGAAUUCGAGGACCAGAUCGGACCACCCAAAAGGCGAUUCCCACCGACACCACCCCACACAACCUUACCACCGUUGAAUGUGACCGGUACUCUACCGUUCUUCCAACGAAAGUCAUCUGUCGCUCCCAUCGUAGCUCGUUCCCUCGCUAUGGAUCUCCUAGAUAGAUGGUAUAAAGGCUGGCUACAUGUCUUCACUGAUGGGUCGACUAAGCCCGAAACAGCAACAUCUACAGCGGGAUUUCUGAUCCCGUCCAUGGCGGUGCACCAAGCUGGUAGGCUUAAUUUUCAUACAACGUCAACAACUGCGGAACUAGUAGCUAUCUGUAAGGCUCUUGAGGCGCUGCUUGUACUUGAGCCUCAAGCGGCAGUUAUACUAACAGAUUCCAGAAGCGCCCUUUGUCAUCUUGAAAACCUGGAAGAUGCUCCACCACUCGCACAGGAAGCCGCCCAUGUAGCCCGCAAAGUUGAAGCCAAGGGAUGGAGACUGGCAUUCCAAUGGAUUCCAUCUCAUUGUGGCAUUAAAGGCAACGAGCAGGUGGACUCUCUGACGGCUAAGGCUCAUGGCCAGGAGACCCCAGAAUACUUCAUCCCCCGAUUCAGUGAGGCCAAGCGUCUUCCCCUGCGAAUGGGGCAUCCUCAUGACGGUGUCGCCUCUGGCAAUGCUCCUCCUCCCCUACCGGAGUCGAAACUCAGCCGAAAGGAGUCUAGCCUUCUGCAUCGCCUGAGAGUUGGUUACUCUUUAUCACUGCCGCUGCUGGUGCCCGAGUGCGUCUCUGUUGAUCACGCGAUUGCACACGUAGAUGACUAA